UCAAAAUUAUGUCAAUCAAAAUACAAAUCAAUUACAAUAACAAUAAUAAAAAUUGAAAGUUAUGUAACAAUAAUUUAGAACAUUUUAAUAGACGCAGUUGUACAGAAAUAAUCCAAAACAUACUUACAAUAACAUGUUCAGUAUUGUGUGAAAUGCAGUGAGACUCAAUGAAUCGGUAGAGUACCUACUUCAUCAAACGAUGAAUCCACUAAAUUUAUUGGAAACGUUUCUCUCGUCUCUACAAGAGUACUGGUGGCUAUAUGAUAUAGCGACAGACUGUUAUCCAAUCGCCAUGAUGUCUAAAAUCCAUACAGUUUGAAGCACCUACCUAAUGGUUACCAUAAAAAUCAAUAAACCGAAGAUUUCUUCCAUCCAGAAUGUCACAAAACCUCUCAUAUCAUCAGGUACCAAUAAAGUAUAUUCCCAAUUGCCAGAAAGCUAUUCCACCACAAUUGUUAGUAAUACAGCUACAUAUCCUACGUCAGCUAUCGCUAAUGGGGGUUAUAUGGAAGAAACCGUGGCUUUAUCGAAUGAUGACACACUAAGUAUGAUAAGCUCUCCGUGGAGUACUGAGUCAUGGACCUCUCAAUCCCCUGUACUUGAAGGCACAGACUUCAGUUCGUUCCCGUCUGACAUGGAUACUGUAUUGACAUCUGUAACCUUACAUCCGCGUUCAUCUACAUCAUACGGCGUCUCAAGUUCAUCAAUCAGGUCAAAAACUAGUACUUUCACUAUAAAUGUAGACUCUAGUAUUAGUCAAUCGUUGCACCCUCCAACAGUCGUAACCAGCAAGACUUACUCCGAUACCUUGAGUUCAUGGACUCUAGAAACCUUUACUAGUACCGGUGUGAUUUCCGACUCGAGAGCUGUUAAGGCCAAGUGUUCAUGGAGUCCAAGCAAUGUAUACAGUGGUACCGACAUCUAUCCGAGUUCGCUUGACACGUUGGAGUCCCGGAAAGUCAGCAGAGAGACCCUGGCCACGACAGACGCGUUUGGUAGCGUCAGAAGAAAGAUAGACCCACUCAUUCCUAUGAAUUAUGUAUUAAGACCUAAUAAGCAAGAAUACAAUCCAGUUUUAGAGUGGGAGCUGAUAAAACGUAAAUGUUCCCAAUUAUUUAAGUUAUAAAUAAAAAAAAAUGUAUAACAAUUAAAUAUUAUAUUUCAACAAAAUAUAAUUUCUUAAUUAUCACUAACUGCUAUUAAUAAUUCAUUAUUCUAAAUACAAUAUCCAAUUAUGUUCAAAUAGUGUCACAAAUGAAGUAUUAAAACCAUUUUUAUUUUACUAACAACCUCAGAGCUCUUACGUUAACUGUGGUACAAGUUACAACACGGUAAUAAUCUAAAAGUUAACCUUUAAUAUGUACAAUGUAGUUUGAAAAGAGAGUUUCUUGCCAGUUCUUAUCGGCUUGAAUUAUAUUUCUGACUCUGGCAUCAUCGCACAACUCGCUUUACGCAUUUCAAGCCGCUAGCGGCGUCUAGCGGUCGUAUAUAACAGUACCAAGGAUAAAAUGUGGUUAAUUAACCGUUAAUAACGAAAAAUGCAUUUUUAAC